CCCUGAUCCAGAUACUCUAUAUAAAUGGAGUCCAAACUUCAGCUCAACACAACCUUCCUGUCAAGUCAUUCAAAGCAGAGAAGACUCUAAGCUGAAAUCACUGCAGCCAUGCUGAAGGUAGCACUUAUUCUUGGAUGCCUCCUGAGCCUCAUUAUGGCUACACCAAUGGAGCACCAGCGAUUUGCUCGCUCUAACUCUGACUCAGACUCCAAUGAGGUCUCAACAAACAACUUGUCCACCCUGCUAUCCCUGCUUUUCAGGCUUCUUGCCACCACUACCACAACUACAACAACUACAACAACUACAAAAGCACCUACAACAACAACAGCAGCUGCUACUACUGCAUAAAAUGGAGUCUUGAACAUCAGAAAAUUUGUCAUGUGUUGAGAAAGUUGUCAUUGUUUUUCACUCUCAAUUUUCAAUGAUAUUGGAAAUCAGUUUCCAAGAUCGUUGGAAGUUUGAUCACGGAUCAAACUUGCUGUCAUGUUUGGUUUUGUGCUCAAUAAAGU